UUAAAAGAAAAUAACGAAUCUAGACACUAUUCCGUCCACAUUCAUUCUUCUCUCUUCUUUCUCUUACAGAAAAUAUAACAAAAGCUAUUUCAUAAAAUUCACAACAAACAAACCAAGCUCAUCUUAAUUUGCCCCUUAAGCUCAUCCCAAUCUUGCUUUUUCCAUUAAUAUAUAUAUAUAUAUAAAUAUAUAUAUGAUGAUGACGAUGAACAGAAGAAAAUCCACAGAGAUAGCAAUUUCAACAGCCUUUCAUGUUCUUCAUAAACUUCCUCCUGGUGAUACCCCUUAUGUUCGAGCUAAGCAUCUUCAGUUAGUUGAGAAGGAUCCAAAUGCAGCCAUAGUAUUAUUUUGGGAGGCAAUAAAUGCAGGAGAUAGAGUAGAUAGUGCCUUGAAAGACAUGGCAAUUGUUAUGAAGCAACAAGAUAGAGCUGAAGAAGCAAUUGAAGCCAUAAAAUCAUUUAGAAAUCAGUGUUCAAAACAAGCUCAAGAAUCUCUUGAUAAUGUCCUUAUUGAUUUGUACAAGAAAUGUGGAAGAGUUGAGGAACAAAUAGAGCUACUAAAACAGAAGCUUAGGAUGAUUUACCAAGGAGAGGCUUUCAAUGGUAAGCCAACAAAGACAGCACGCUCUCAUGGAAGGAAGUUUCAAGUCACCAUUAAGCAAGAGACUUCAAGAAUAUUGGGUAACUUAGGUUGGGCCUAUAUGCAACAAGGAAACUAUCAAGCAGCCGAAGUAGUUUACCAUAAAGCUCAAACAAUCGAUCCCGACGCAAACAAAGCUUGCAACAUGUGCAUGUGCCUCAUCAAGCAAGCACGCUACACUGAGGCACAAGCCGUUGUUGAUCUAGUCCUGCAGCGCAAGCUGUUAGGAUCAGAUGAACCGAAAUCAAUAAAACGAGUCAAGGAACUUGUCAAGGAACUUGAAAAAUGCAAGUCAUCAAGUACAAUACUCAUAUCCUCAUCAAAUUCUUUAGGGUUGAAAAUUGAGGAUGCUUUUCUUGAAGGGCUUGAUCAAUGGAUGAAUCAUCAAUGGACACCCUCUAGAUCUAGAAGACUACCUAUCUUUGAAGAGAUCUCACCAUUUAGAGAUCAAUUGGCUUGUUGAUUGAGUUUAUUUAUAGAUAUAGUUUUGAGAUUUAAAAUGUAAUUAGGCCUUAAUUAUAUAUGCCUUGUAGUGUUCAUGGUGUUGUUUGAUAUUUAGCCUAGGCUAGGAAAAUGUGUACCUAGUUUUGGAUGUAUUCCUUAUGAGCUUGUAAAAAUGGUUGAAUAAACUACAAAUAUAUAGUUAUGGAAUUUUUAUUUGUUGAAAAAAAAAAUAUAUGAAGUAAUUUACAA